GUUAGUGAGUACCGAAGGGUCAGUGUGCAGAGCGGUGCCAGCGGUAGGUUUAAAGGGUAAUAAUGGCUGCGCCCGCUUAUUGCAAAUGUUUGUGUUUUUGGAAGAGCUUUUCUUUCCCGAUGGUUAUGUAAUCUGCGGGUGUGAGGGCGAUAAAUGAACUAUUCCUGUAAGGUGUUCCUCGGCAAUCCUCGCUCCUUUGCAGUCACACUUCAUAAUUGAAAGAAAAAAGGACAACACAAAAAUUAAAGCCUGCAGUACUCUGUUUCUAAUACAUGGAGCCUGUAGAAGUCCUGGAUUCUGAAGAAAAACCUGAGGUGACAUCUGCUGCCCUGAGCUUAGAAAAUGGAGGACAGGUUGAUGAUGCCUCAUGCACUGAUGUACCUGCAGAGACCAGGAGCGUUGCAACUAUGGGCUGUGAUGCAGCACUUGAAACCCUUACACUAAGUGAUUCCAACUCCUCUCCAUCUGAUCAGCAGCCACCCAGUGCAGACUUGGGCGUUGCAGUGUUCACUACUCCAGGUCCACCUGCACAGGAUGAUGACAUCUAUAUGUCUAGCCCAGAAAAUGAAGCAGAGGCCGCACUGGCCUGUUGUACCCCAGAAAUCCUGGCUGUUUAUGGUUUGCCCGAAACAGAGCUUGGAGGCCAACCGUCUGUGCCAUAUUACAUUGAUGGUGGCGAAAACGUGCCUCUGGACAUGUCAAACCAUCCAGAGCAGGGCUGGCUGCCCGAUGCAUUGGAGGGCCAGAUCGCUAAACCGUUUGCUGAUGAAUCGUGUGGGCAUUCUGGUGGCUACUGGCAAUAUGCAGAUGAGCAGAGCAUUGGCACGGUGCCAGCUGAUGAAGAAGUAAUGGCAAAAGCACAAUGCGAAGAAAAACCAGGUGGAGAUCCUGACACAAUAUGCAGUCUCUCAAAAGAGUUGCCAACCUUGAAGUCAUUAGAAGAUUCUGCAGUGCAGACUGAUUGCUUUACUGUGGAUGCAGAGGUCAGUACUGAUCAGGACAUUGAGAGGUACAUGAAUGAAGUGGCGACUGAACGGGAGGUCCUGAAGGACAAGUACCAGGAGGUGUUGGAUCGACAGAUACAGGUGGAGAACCAGCUCCAGGUCAAAGUCCGUCACCUUCACGAGCAGCAGGAGGAAGAGGAGAACAUCUACCAGGAGAACAUUAAGCAGAUCAAGGAGAUGAAGGUCAAACUGGUGGAGCUGAAGAAGAAGUCUGAAAAGGAAAAGAGAGAAUUUGCUCAAAAAGAACAGGAGCUGAAGAAUGAAGUUGAGAGACUCUACGAGAAUGGGAAGCGACUGAUGAAGGAACAAGAAGAGAAGGGGAACCUGGUUGCCAUCCUGACAAGCAAUCAUUCAGAUAAAAAGGAGAUGCUGGAUGAGGAUUUGGCGAAACUGCGGCUUCAGCAGAACAAGCUCAACAAGAACAUCUUGGAAGAGACAGAACGUGCAUUGAAAGCUGAGGUUCAGUCUCUGGAGAGCAAGAGAGAAAUUGCAGUUAUGAUGUUGGAGCAGGCAGCUAAUGAGGCAGAACUGCAGAUUUGCAACUUAAGGCCUCAGACAGGAAGUUCUAACCUUGCACAGGAAUGGCAUAGAAGAUUGAAUGACAUCCAGGUUCAAACGGAGAAUAUAAAGAAACAAUACGAGGAUCACAUUCGGAUGAUCAGGAACGGUGCAAAACUGAACAGUCUUCCGCCCAUACAGCUGCCACCACUGCCACCACCUCCUGCAGAGCCUGAUCUACUGUCCCAAGCAAACUGGCACCCCUCUCCCACGCUGCCUCCCUAUUUCCCCAGCAGCAUGCCUCCGUUGGCGGCGUUUCCCCCGGUUGCCUUUUACCCGCCGGCUCCAAGGUUCCCGCCAGGCUUGGGGCCUCCGUCGGGAGUUAACACUCACGGCACGGUUGUCAACCCGGCCUCCAAACUGGAAAAACUCUUCGACAAACUGGAGUUGAAGUUUCCAGACUGCAGCAGACUGCAGCUGAUGCACAUUCUACAGCGGAUAAAGACAUCACGUGGGACUAUUGCUGGCCUCUCGGUGGAGGAACUCGUCCAACUAGUAGCCGAAUGUCUCAGUGAUCCAGUCCAGUGUCUGCCUUCGGCCCCCCCUCGAGUCUCUGUCGGCAUGCCUGGGCACUUCCCACUGGCUGCUGCUCAGACCGUUCCUUAUAUGGCCAUGCCCAAAGGUAAAAGUGGACCUCAGCCUCCAUACCAAGAGAGACCUGCGCUGGUACCUUGGAGCCCCCGACUGUGUUUGAUGUGUCAGAAGGUCGUGCCAGUGGGUGAAGUGCAUCAAAUGGCCUGUUCCCACAUUGUCCACAAAGAGUGCAUCAAGUUCUGGGCACACACCAACAAAAACAGCAGCUGUCCUUUCUGCCCCACACCACGGUGAUGGACCAGUCCUGGACGAUCGGGCAGGAAGAGAUGGAGGACGAUGGAAUUGGACUUGUGCCAGCACCGAACUACAUGAACGGCUUGCGUUACGAGAAAGGAGCCACAUCGUGGGGAAUAGAUGGACGAGUCUGUGGCAUGUUGGCCAUUUGGACUAAAUUGACACCAGUCAAUGUUGUAAAUGAUAUUGAAGGCAAUAUUAUACUAGGUCAUCACUUCAGCUCCUCUACUUGAUCUUACGGCCGGCAUUGCGUGUUUCAGCUGCCUGACGAAUAUAGGUGUGUUGGAGUGAUGAAGAGUUAUCAACACAAAACAUUAAUGCCCCUGUCCCACUUAGGAAACCUGAACGGAAACCUCUGGAGACUUUGUGCCCCACCCAAGGCUUCCGUGCGGUUCCCUGAGGUUGCAGGUGGUUGCCGGAGG